AUGAGUGGCAUGAAGAAGUUCAAAAAGGUCGAGAAACCACUGUCGCACACCAGACACUAUUCGCUAUGCAUACCCUCAACGCUAGUAGCUGAUUGUCGCAACCUCUCACAGAUCACGCAUAAGGUGUACCAUGUGGCCAAGGUUGCAUCAUUAUUCAAUGUUUCUGAGCUUGUGAUCCUUGAGGACAACCCACAGAGGAGCACGUCCAAGAAGAAAAUUUCGAAUGCGAAACUAAUACUGGCACUUUUACAAUACUUUGUCACCCCUCCAUAUCUUCGUAAUACUGUGUUCAACGAAAAAUUCAGGCCUUACUUGGUGGCCGCCUCGAAGUUGCCAAGGUUGUCCACACUUCCUUUCACCAGAUACGAAAAGCAAGAUCACGGCCGCUAUAGGGAGGGUCUUACCAUCAAGAUGCAGAAACCCACGUCUGCCCGCAAAAAGACAGGCAAGGAGUUCAAACAAACCAAGUACAUUAAUAUAGGGAAACCCGAAGCAUUGGCCCUGCAGAAUCAGUUGGUGCCGAUAAACGCAAGAGUCACGAUCGACACAAUAACAAGAAAAAUCGUAUCCCCUCAGGAGGCCUACGGUGAUUUUACAGGAUUGGACUCGCACUAUGGAUACCACACUCGUAUAGCGUCAUCAUUCACAGACUUGUUCAUGAAGGGCCCCUUAAAAGAAGGGUAUACGCAAUCAAUAUAUGUUCCUCUAACCACGAGAGACACUCCUAUUCCUGCAUUGUCAUCAUUAUCUGCCGCCGGAACUUCUUCUAACAUUCUGCUGGUGCUUUCUGCAUGGGACACCCUUGCGCGGGCAUUUGAACUUGAUAAGGACCAAUUUGAAGAGUGUCAAGGCCCUCAAGAAUUCUUUGACGCCCAGUUGCUAUGUCCCGUGGCCACCCGGGACGUCAUGGAUGCGAUCCCCAUGACACUGACCACACUUUCAACGUUAUUUUGA